CGUUUUCCUGCUCGAUGCUGCGCAUGCUCGGCGCAGCCGGCUGCCGGUUUUUCUGCUUGGCGUAGCGCGGCGAGCCUCGGGCGCAUGCUCGGUACGGACGCUCCCAGAUUUCCCCGUUCGAUGAUGCGCAUGCUCGGCGCAGCCGGCUGUCGGUUUUCCCGCUUGGCGGAGCGCGGCGAGCCUCGGGCGCAUGCUCGGUACGGACGCUGCGCUGGCGGCCGAUGUGUGAGGGCUGAGGUCCACGAGGUGUGUUUCCCGCACUGCUGCUUCACUCCGCCAAAGCACCGACUGGCCUCCAUUUUAUACCAUGAGUUUUGACAAUUUAUUCGAAGAGAUCCUGAUGACCGAACAGAAGGCUUUGGAAAAAAGACAGUACCUCCAGAGUGUCAAAUCAGAAAUCAUUAGAUGCAAUGAAAAGCUCAGGGAUGUGACAGAGCAUUUACAUAAAAACAAAACUAUUUUGGAUUCAAAGGUAAAGAAUCUUUCAGUUGAACUUCUCCAUUUGGAUCUGCUGAAGAAGCAGGAAGAAGGCUUCAAAAAGCAAAGAGAGGAGUUGGUGAAAGAAAAUAAUAUGUGCUUAGGAGCACUAGAUGCGAAGAAAAGAAAAGAUGCAGAGGAAAGGGACAGAUUUGUUAGAGAAAUUUCAGAAUUCAAUGCUACAUAUGACCUCUUGAGCAAUAGAAUAAUUACAAUUGAAGUAAAUGCAAAGUCAAAAAUAUUUGACUUGGAAAUGGAAGCCAAGCAUCUGAAGAAUGAUAUGAAGAACCUUGAACAAAAAAACAUACAGUUGAAUGAUCUCCAACAACAGAAAAAUGAAUUAAAAGAAGAACUUCAACAACUCCAGAACAAAUUGCAAGGUCUUGAAGAUGAGGUUACUGCAGCUGCUUUUAACUCAAAGCUUUUGGAAACAGAAAGAUUAAAAGUAUGUCAAAAACCUCAAACAGAUGAUGAGAUUUUACGGUUAAAGAAAGAAUUGGAAUUACACAAAGUUGAUGAUUUGGAGAGUGUUUAUGAGACCCUUCGAAAAAGGAUACAGACCUUGCAAUUGAAACUAUCACAGGACAACCAUCCACAGAACAAGUCUCAUAUCUCAUAAUGGACUGCAUCUGAUUCUGCAAGCACUGUGAAAUGAUCAAAAAACAUACUGGAAGACACAUUGUGAAUAAUUUGAGAUUCUAAAUAUGAACACAGUUUUCAAAAUUAAAUUUAACAUGCUGUUACAGUUCUUUUUCAUUCACAUUGUGAUUAUUAGUUAAAGAUUAUAUACAAUGACUUCUUUCUUUAUUUUUCAAAGCAUGGGCUUGGCCACAAUCAAAAAUAUACUUUAGUUUACAGUAAGAAAAUUGCUGUUAGAUGUGUUUGCCUUGCCUCCUAGCUGAAUUACUAAAGAGUCUCUUAUUACAUAUCUCAAAAUGUAGCCUGGUCAGUUUUCUCAAGCAGAAAAUUAUAGCAGUAUUGAGGGAUAUUAUUCUGGAUUUUAAUUCUGGUUCCGCUCACAGAUUAAUUCAUGAUAAUAUUAUGUUUUAUGUGCAGAAGUAAGUUCAGAAGUAAAUUAGUUAAUAGGACUGAUUUCAACCCACUUCUGCUUCCCCAGAGAACACAGUGGGGAAAUGUAUGUUCAAGGGCUUUAUGUAUCUUUGAGACUAUGUAUCCCUUCAUAAAAAUACAUAAGGACUUGGCCUCUACUGCUGACCUAGCAUAAGGUUAAACCUGGUCUGGGUGGAGAAGAACACAUUCAAAUAAAUGAGGCAAGUUAAUAAAUGGGAAAUUAUACAGUAUGUAGUUUUUAUUUAUUAGUUUCAAUGUUUUUAAUUGAUCCCUAGAGUGUGAAAGUGGUUUUGUGCAUUUUAAAGUCUGGAGUGUUACUAACUGAAUGUCAAAGGCAUUCAUUCACAGUACAGCUGGCACUUCUGACUCAUGCCUUGACUUUCAGGGACAGAACCUCACUGAAGGACAAGACAGUUCUGUGAAUGAAGCAGACUGCCUGUGCUGAGACAGUGUCUAUGCUAUGCUGAAUCAGAUAAAGUUUGUCACAUGAAGGCCUUUUCUAAUCCUGCCCAUUCUUGGAAAAUGAAGCUACUUAAUCCCAUUUUACAGCUCUAGGUUCAGAGUCCAGAAGGUACACAUCCAAGUAUUCUUUAAAACUGAUAAAAAUUUCUGUAUCAAACUUUCAAGCAGUGUGUUUUAAACACCUGUCAUCCUCUGAAUGACUUUCUCCUUAACCACAACUACACAUGCCCCUACCAUCUGCUAAUCCCAUCUAUAUCCCUCUGAUAAGGGAGAUAUAUCAUUCCCAUUUAGUCUAUAUAGGGCCCUCAUAAUUUCAUACAUUCAAAACUUCAAAUUAUAACAGGAGUUAAGCUAGUUUUUAUAGUAUGGUGUUCACUUCCCUACUGUGGCUGAUUUGUUCUGGUCAAAUUCUGUUCUAUCUAUGUCUUCUGAAAUAGUCUUAGGUUUGUUUAUAAUUUCAGCUAGAUCAAAGUGUUGGCUGUAGAGAUGAAAGAAACGUGCACAUUUGUGUGGAUUAGUUACACAAUUAACAUUAACAGCAAGAGAAAGAUACAUCAAAUAUCAAUAUCAAAAUUAGAACUGUUACUUUCUAUCAGAUAGCAUUAACUGCUUAUUGUUGGGUAUCAAGAGGGUAGAAAGCCUCAGCUAAGAAAGAGAAAUUUAAAUAUAUAAAUAUUAAUGUAUCUUUCAUAUUUUCAUUAACUAAUAAUAAUGUAAUUUGAUAAAAUAAACAAUUAUGCUGA